AUGAGCGCCGUAGAAUUUAAAUCACAAGGGAAUGCCGCAUUCUCCGCGAAAGAAUACGCGAAAGCUAUUGAAUUAUUCACGAAAGCUAUAGAAUUAGACCCUUCAAACCACGUGCUUUACUCGAACAGAUCGGCUUCCUAUGCAUCAUUGAAACAGUACGAUAAAGCGUUGGAAGACGCUAACAAAACUAUUGAACUGAAAAAGGACUGGGCGAAGGGAUAUAGUAGGAAGGGUGCAGCCCUUCACGGACUUGGUAAGCGCGAAGAAGCUCGUGAGACCUACCAAGAGGGUCUUAAAUACGACCCUCAAAAUGCUCAGCUAAAAAAGGCACUAGAGGAGGUUGAAGCUGACAAGUUUAAUGAUAUACCAUCAUUGAUUCUUACAAUAAUUCUCGCAAUGAUAGGUUCCACGCCUAAAUUGUUCCCUGAAGAUGUAUUAGUUAGAAUUGCCUUAAAUCCAACUUUAAGGCCAUACCUUGAGCAACCAGAUUUUGUUGAGAAAAUCAAAGCAAUACAGGCUGACCAGUCUCAACUGAAUGACCCUCGCAUAAAAGAUGUGUUCCUAUUUUUGUUAACGGGUAAUGUGAAUUUUGAGUCUAGAGAAGGAGAAACGUCAGAGGCUGAGACCAAAGCAGAGUCAACAAAACCCUCGGCUCCAGAACCGCAAACUCGAGAUGUUCCCGAAGAGGAGCCAAUAGAAAAGUCCGAAGAGGAACUUAAGAAAGAAGCCGCGACAAAAGAAAAAGAUCUCGGUAAUGCUGCAUACAAAAAACGGGAAUUUGAGAAGGCCUUGGAACAUUACGAUAAGGCUUGGGAAUUAGAUCCCACAAACAUUACUAUUUUAACCAAUAAGGCUGCUGUGUUGUUUGAGCAAGAGAAAUAUGAGGAGUGCGUCAAAAUAUGCGAAGAGGCCAUUGACAUUGGCCGUGAAAAUCGCGCCGACUUCAAGCUAAUUGCCAGAGCUCUUGGAAGAAUUGGAAAUGCUUAUUUUAAACUUGGAAACCUCGACGAAGCUAUUAAAUUUUACAACAAAUCAUUGACGGAACAUCGCACUCCCGACAUACUCGGAAAGCUGAACGAGACUCGAAAGUUAAAAGCAAAGUUGGAAAAAGAGGCGUAUCAAAAUCCCGAACUAUCUGAUCAAUCGCGCGAAAAAGGAAACGAACUUUUCAAGAAAAGUGACUUUUCUGGUGCAGUUCAGCAAUACACUGAAGCGAUCAAACGUAAUGAAAAUGAUCCGAGAGCUUACAGUAAUCGCGCUGCUUGCUAUACAAAGUUGAUGGCCUUCAAUGAUGCGUUGAAAGAUUGUGAAACUUGCAUUCGUCUCGAUCCUACUUUCGUCAAAGCCUAUAUCCGCAAAGCGGCAGUGGAAUUUUUGAAGAAGGAGUACACAAAGUGUUUAGAAACAUGUGAGGCGGCGUUGAAACAUGACACGGAUGGCAAGCAUACCACAGAAAUUAAUGAUCAGAUGAUGAGGUGCCGUAUGGAAAUGCAUCGAAAUGAUUCACAAGAAAGCCUUGAAGAUGCAAUUCGUAAGGACCCCGAGAUUUUGAAAAUUCUACAAGAUCCAGUAAUGCAACAAAUUUUGCAACAAAGUCAGGAAGACCCGCGGGCCCUCAGAGAUCACCUCAAGAAUCCUCAAGUCGCGGCCAAUAUUCAGAAGCUAAUCAAUGCCGGUGUGUUAAGGACCGCCUAG